AUGAAUUCAAAUAACGAAUAUAAAAAUCAAUUAUUUUAUUCCUAUAAUAAUAAAUAAAUAAAUUAACUGAACCCCCCUCUUGGAGUUUUAGUUGGUUGUGUAGGAACUGGAAAGACAACUUUUUUUAAUAAGGUAACUAACUAAAAGUAGUAAACCUCUGAUGGUUUAUCUUCAAUUACAAGAAAUUCAUUUAGUAGUAACUCUGCCUAUGGAUGCAACUUUAAAAUAAUUGACACUCCUGGAACAUAAGCUGAAGAAAAUAAGCUUAAUCACGCUCUAGGAAUACGCUCAGCUCUAAUUGAAGGACCCAUAAAUAGGAUAUUUUUGCUAGUAAAAUUUGAAAGGGUUGGAGCUAUGCAAAAAAAUAUAUCAGAAUUAUUGUUUACUUUGUCAGAAUGGAAAAAUUUGAUUACUAUUGUUAUAACUCACUGGGAUAAAGAAGAUACUGAAUUCAAUAGAUAAACUUUUUUAUAAGCUAAAAAAAAUAUUCAAGAAAAUGACUCUGAUUUACAAGAUUCAUUUAUAUUUGUAGGAAAAGAUUCUAAUCCAUCACAUCUAUGCUAGGCUAUUUACUUAAGCUUAUGUCAGAACUAUCCUGUUAAAUUAGAAAUAGAUUUGACGAAAUUUAAAUAUAAAUUCGAUAUAUAUAAUAAUAUUACUAAAUAUAUUAUGAAACAGAAAGAAAUAUUUAAAAUUGUUCAGUAGAAUAUUGAGAAGGAUAUCAUAAGCUACAAUUAAGAUGAUAAAGAUGAAUUUUUGCAUGCAUGCAUGGUAAAUAUAUCUUAAAUAGCUGAAGAAAUAAUUUAAGAUCUUAUUAAAGAGCACAGAAAAGAUAUGGAUGAAGUACAGAGUUAUAUGCAUUAUAUGGAGUUGAAAUAACAUUUUACUCCUAUAGUUGAAAGAAUCCGUAAAUUAGCAUCUCAAAGAAUGUCAUAUAGCUUGUUGAAUCAUUCAGAUCCAAGAAAUUUAUUUAAAAGAUGCCCAAACUGUAAUUUAAUUUGGUUAAAAGUUGAGGGAUGUGAUGGAAAUACAACUUGUGGUAAUCGAUAUUUUGGAAAAGAUUUUUUUUAAACUAGUAAAUAUUUUAUGAGAUAUAUAUUUGAUUGGAGAAAUCUAAAGUGGGUGAAGUAAUAACAAAACAAAUCUUAGCAAAAAGAUAAUUAUUAAAAAAAUGAUUAAGGAAUAGGAUGUGGGUCAACUUUUAACUGGGGAGAAGCACCUAUAAUUGGUUAAGAAAUUCUUUAAUAACUUAAAGAUGCUGGAAUAAACGAUAUGAUGUUUGAUGCUAUGGAAGAAAAAUAAAUUUAAUCCUUCAAUUUUUAAAUAUAGUAUGAAAGUUAAAGAAGCAGAGUCCAAUACUUAUGA